AUGGCAUCGUCAGUCACCAUAUUAGCAGCAAUGCUGUAUGCCUCGACAGCACUCGCACACCCACAACCCGUCAUCGAGGCCAGCCUUUCUCCAAGCAACCUCGCAGUCACUUGGUAUCAAGCACCUCUGGCUUUCAGCACAGCAAUCUCGACCGACACGACUUGUGGCUGGGCUGUCUCCACAGGACAAUUGAACACCACCCAGUGCUACGUCUUGCACACAUAUGCUCUUGGGUUGCAGCAGAAUGAGCAGCACAGGUGUACCUUGAAGGUGUGGGAUGGUGUUUCUGAUUGUUCUGGAAAUGGUACUUGGACCACGUAUGCCAUACCUAGCGGCAGAGGCACGAAAUGUGUCGAGACUGGUGUCUUGGAUGGCGGCAAUUUCCAACAUAAGAGUUGUGUUCUGACAUGCUCUUGA